AUGCAAGUGUCUGCUAAUAAUAGAAGUUAUAAUGCUGGUGGAAAGAUGGCAGUGCAAGGGGUUGCCAAGGCUGGAAAUGGAAUGUUUAAGAGGUUGUCACCUCAAGAGAAGCAAUACAGGAAGGUUGAUAACCUCUGCUGGAAAUGUAAUGAAUUAUGGGGGCUUGGCCUUGUUUGUAAGCUGGAACAUUUGAACUUAAUCAUAGUUGAUGAUGAUGUUGAUCUGGAAAAUGUUAAGUGGUUAAGUGGUGAGUUGGAAAUGGCUAGAAAGUCUGUUGAUGUGUGCAAUAUAAAGAGUUGGAUGAAAUGUUGGUCUGUUGAUGAUGAGGAAGAAGAAGUGAACUCUAGGAAGUUGAUAGUGAUCAAAGGCUACAUUAAUGGAGAAAUGGACAAGAUUCUGAUUGAUACUGGUACUGUGAGAAGUUUUAUUGAUGAUAAACUAUCACAAAGAUUAGGAUUGAGGAGAAAGAUUGUUAAAUCUUAG